AUGAGUAGCAAUAACUCUCCAUCAUCACCACCAUCUUCAACAACUGCCGAAACAACCAGCAGCGGAAACACUGGUAGCAACACCAAUAGUGUUGAUUCUCCAUCCGGUCUUCGUCAUAGAAUAUUUGCUGGUAAUCUUGAUUUUAAAACCACAAAGGAACAGCUGUACGAAGCCUUCUCCAAGUGUGGUAAAAUCGUGGAUGAAAUUCGUCUUCAUCCAGGCUAUGCGUUCAUUCAAUUCGAUAAUGAAGAGAGUUGUUUAAAGGCCAUCGCAACGUUAUCUGGUACUCAACUCUGUUCUAAAAGAAUAGAUGUACAGAUGGCAAAAGGUCCAAACAAUUCUCAAAAGAAGAGUCAGGACAACAAAAGAAAACUAGAUUCUAGGGAUAGGGACAGAGAUGGACGUAGAGACGGCAAAGACAGAAGCAAUGAUCGAAAUCGGGAUGGUCGUAAUAGCAACAACAAAAAAACCAAACGUGAUCAUGUCGGAAAUGUUUCAUCAUCAAACACUGCAAACAUGGAUCUCAACCAACAACGGUCCUUGAAUGUUAACCCUCUCUUAUCGACAGUACCAACCAUAUCUCCAUAUUCUACUGCUAGUAGUGCAACAUCUGUACCGAUUUACAUUCCCAACCAAUCACUAGAGAAGUAUGCAAAUUUUGUAUUGCAAACUCUAAAAUCGAACGGACUUAUGUAUCAUAAUGUUCAUAUUCGUAACACCAACCAAGGAGAGUAUUUCUUUGCUACUCCUCAAUUCUUCCAAAUGAUCGCCAAUGAAAGAUACGUCAUUUGUGUCACAGCAAGACAUGAGGAAGCAAAGAAUAUUGUUUCUUUUAAGGCCAUCAUGCAGGAUGGAACAUCGCCAGGUUUUGCUGAUACUUCGAUCACUGACGUAUGCUCUUUCAUUCUCAAUUCUUCUCAAACACCUGUCGUGGUGCCAUCUGUUUAUCAGCAAUACAACCAACAUUUUCCAACAACCUUGAACACUCAACCAUCAACAAUGGCUUAUCCAGGCACUGUUGGAAUGCAACCGUCCAUGUUGAACAAUACCUUACCCUUACAACCACAAAUACCAUCAUCUUUUAACAACACGAGCAGCAACAACAGAUCGAACCAAGGUUAUCACAGCAACAGAUCAAAUCGACCAAACAAUAAUCGUCCAAGAAAUGACAAUUUCCGAAACAACAGAUCCGAUAGAGGCAAUACCAACAAUACAGCACCACCCCCAACCAAUGCCUCAGAUGUACAAGGCAUUAUCCUUGCAUUGUUGGAUAAUAUCAACAACAAGAAACAAGAGACUACUUCAGCAUCAUCACCAACCGGAAUUCUAGAGUCAUCUUCAGCCUCUACGACCGAGCAUUGA